CAUUUGUUUUAACAGUGGGCCAGGCAUGUGAUUGAACUGAGUUUCACUGCCUUCAAACUGCGUAAUUUGAACGACUUUAAUCUCUUUUGUCUCUUUGAUUCGUGUUUUUUUGGAGUUGUGAUAAAAUGCAUGAAAUGAGUACACCAAUGCCGGGGAUGGACCACAUGAAAAAUGGUUCAAACCAGAUGGAUCACAUGAGUAUGAUGAUGUACUUUCAUGCAUCUCAAAAAGUAACAAUUCUUUUUAAAGCAUGGGCUGUUGAUAGCAUUGGAGGUCUUAUUGGUUCGUGUAUUGCUGUAUUUGUACUUGCAGCUCUCUAUGAAGGUCUAAAAGUCACCAGAGAAAUUCUAAAACGAAAGUAUGGUUAUGUUGUCAGUAUUGACCUAGACAAAAGUACUCAUUAUGCAAAGAAUGGAACUACUGGACAGUCUGUGACAGUAACAGAGACAGCAGGUCAAAUUCCAAAGUCAAAGAUCUGUAAUGGACAUCACAUCAUUCAAUCACUGCUGCACAUMGUUCAGGUGGUAAUCAGCUACUUCCUAAUGUUGAUAUUCAUGACGUACAAUGUAUGGCUGUGCCUAGCUGUUGCUCUUGGUGCUGGUUUUGGAUAUUUUGCAUUUGGUUGGAAAAUGGUCAAAGUUGUUGAUAUCUAUGAGCACUGUCAUUAACUAAAAAUUCAUAAGAUAAAUCUUGAAUUCUGAUAGUUGUUUGCAAAAACCUGUGAAAUACAUAGUGUAAUACACUGUACAUCAUACUUUUAUAAUACAUUUUAUUACACUUUAUUUUCAAUGAUGCAUUUCAAUUUGAACAAUUUCAGAAAUUUAACAAAAUUGGCAAAAUGAAUAAUGGUCAAAAAGAAAACAAAUGAAAUUAUUAUUAAUUAUUUUAACCCUUUGUUGAUAACAAGCAUAUUAACAAGGCAUUGUAAGGUGUAAUUAUUUUAACCCUUUGUUGAUGACAAGCAUAUUAACAAGGCAUUGUAAGGUGUAAUUUUAACCCUUUGUUGAUAACAAGCAUAUUAACAAGGCAUUGUAAGGUGUAAUUUUUUAAGUGUGUUAAAUUUUAAAUUUUCUUGUUUAUUUGGAGUUAAUUAAAAUAUGAAAUAAAUAAGAAUACAAAAUGUAAUUAUACGAGGUAGUAUGAGGCUAAUAAUAUGCCUUAGUACGCUCUAAUAGGCCCUUUGCAGCUGGGGGUCACAUGACCACACCUACCUUACAUCAAUCAGCUAUCAAAAAAUUAUGUUCA